GACUUUCGCUCUCGGAAGGAGCCAGAUGUGCAGAUCCUGGAGAGCCGGACGCAAAAUAACAUCAAACCUCUUCAGGCCAGUUCAUUUAUGCUGUUACAUUGCCUUUUUAAAAUGUUUACAAAUGCAUACGUAAACAGAAAUAUUUAUAAACACGUGUCAGUAAAGUUACCAGUGUCAUCUUUUUGGAUUCCACACCAGGGCCAGUAAGCUGAGUCAAAGGUCACCGGAGUGCAGCUGCAAAGCUGCUCCGAAGGCACGGGGUGAAAACUCCGUACCCCAAGGGGACCCGCUGCUCCCCCACCGCCCUGGCCAGGCCAAGGCCCCCACCUGAGGCUUUACACACACAAGAGCUGAAGUUUUGAGCACAAACACCCGCAGCCACCUGCUGCAGGCAGAGAGGGAAGAAAUGAAAACAACAUAAGGAAGGAGAAGUACCAUAACAACACUUCCCGUUUAUAUCCUCCCACCUUGUAGCAAUCUGCGCUUUAAGGCUUUUCUGGGACAAAAAUAACUGUAUUUGAUGGCCAUUUCUUCACAUUUUGGUUCUAUUUAUGCCCUUAGCUUGUAAGAUACCAUGACAAUGUGUUUUACAGUUUCAGUGUAUGCACCCUGAAACACAGUUACUUUCAUUUUCAACAUAUUGCUGGAUAAGAACAAGGGGCAUAAAACAAUGAGUUAAUAGAAAUGGUGAGUAAUAACUUUUUGUUUAUUUACAGUGUUUGUGGACAUUAAUAUCUUUUAAGUCACCUCCUCUAUAAUAAACCAAAGUUGCAGUGUAAUUUUUCCUCCUUUUAAAACAAUUCCACACUUACAAUUAUCCUUGCCUUUUUUUUUUUCUUUACAGUCAAGAAAUUCACAGCAUUUAUCUCAACCCCAUACAGAUCUGCAUAAUGAAAAUAUAAAGACGUUUUUGAUCUAUUGUGUAUUAUUUUCUAGCCUUUUGAAAAAAAUUGUUGCUAAGAAUAGAGCAAGGUUUGCAAAGACUAGAGUUCUACAUGAUAUUGUCUUCAAAAGUAAAACCUAAGUCAGGCUUAUUUUGUUUAUGAAUAGCCACAGCUGUUUCACCUUCAGCAAUUUGGAAUUCCACCUCACUCAACCAUUUUUGUUGUAAUUCAUUUUUUAUUUCAGUAGCACUCUAGCUUGACUGGUUUUGUUAAUACUAUCCCAGCAAAUUUCUAGUAGAGGAAUCUCCCCAUUUUUUUUUCAGUAUACAGUUACUUAUUUAACAUGGCUUAUGAAAGAUUUUUGUCCACAAACACCCCUACUAACACUCUCCACCUUCUGACCCUACAUGCUUCCUGCUCCUGACAAGUCUGAAAAAGACUUUUGCAAAGGCUGUAAAAAUAAAUUUUCUUGUUCUAUUGCAUUUAACACAGAUUAAUUUGAUUUUGUUUGUGUAUAACUUUGUGGCUGCUGUUACUGUGCUGUUAGUAAUCUAAGGUUUUAAUGAAUUGAAAAGACUAAACAAAAACACAGUCUCUGCCUUGUCUACACACAGUUCAGUCUGCAAGGAACUCCUUUCAAUUUCCUUUGUAAAAAAACUUCCUCAUUUUUCCGUUCCACCCUCCUAAGUUAAACAUCGUUGAUUUUCCCGUGUUCUCUUAAUUAUAGCCAACACAUGGAAACAAAUCAACACAGCUUUGCAGAGCUGUGUAUGUAGCAAACUAAAAUCCGUAUUUAGUUUAGUUUGAUAGCACUGAUCUGUGUUUGCUUACACACAACAAAAGCUCUUUUGUGUUCCUGAGGUGCUGUGUGCAUUGGAUUUGGACCUACAGAUGACACCCGUGGGCUGCUGCAGCUCACAGCACUGAGGUUUAAUUGCUGCCAGUUCCUGCUCUUAUGGUCACAACUGGGAGCUCAGCUGCUUUUGUCGUGCUCAAGGAGUUCAGUGAUAAAGGACACCAUUUUUGCUUUCAACAUGGAAAACCCAGAAUUCCUAAGGAGCAUGGAAUGCUGUUGCUCAGAACGGAAAUAAGACUUUCACCAUCCAACCUGUCCAACAAGCUGCAUGCUAGCAGCUAAUACAGUAACUUUCCUUUAUAGAUCUUAUUUUUAAUAAAGGUUUUAGCUCUCCUUUCAUGCAGAAAUGCUUCGGAUUACCCUGUCACACCUGUAUCGCGGCAAUUAACAGCAACCCCCGGGGAGGGACAUACCGGCCAGCAAACGUCCCGGGUCAGCCUGCAAGGUCAAGCGCGAGAACCUUCCCCCGCCCCAGGCCGGCCCUUUCCCCACCUAUUUUACCGAGGAAGCGCCAACACCCGCCUCUCGUUCAGGUGACGAAGGCGGAACCUCACGGACAAACCCCCCACCUCCCCCGCCGCCAUUUUACGCCGCCAGCCGCCCUCGGCGGCCGGAGCGCCCCGGGGCUAGGGCUGGCCUGUGCUGCCCGGGGCCCUCGGCCCGCGGGGCCCUGCCGCGGUGGCGGCACCGGCACCGGCCGGGCGGAACCGGAGCGCCCGGGCGGGGAACGGGGCCGCACCGGGGGCGCUCGUCACGUGACCGGGAGCGGCGGGGAAUGGCACGUAACCCGCGCUGGGGCCCGGCUUUGGGGCUCGGGCUCUUUCUCUGCUCCCCGUUCCCGCUCCCAGUCCUAACGCAGGCCUGUUCCCAAUCCCGUUACAGAGAGAUCAGCCCGGCCCCGCCCCGCAACAACGGCCAUGACCAAGAGCACCGGACACUCCAGCGCGCGGCCCCGCCCCUUCCUGCAGCGCCUGCCCAAUGGGCGCGCAGGCCGCGGUUUAAAUGGCGGGGGCGGGCGCGGGCCCGGCUCGUUGGUGCCGCCAUGGGCAGCGCUGAGGGCACAGAUUGGGUUGAUGUUGCCAAUGAUCUUAUAAGGACCUGUCACAUAAACCAGCACAUAAAGCACCUCUCAGAAUGUGGUGCUGACAUGUUUGUUCGUCUUUAUGAGUCAAUCUUAGGAGAAAAAGUACCAGAUUUCAUUGCUACUCCCAGAAGCCAAGAGGAUGAUGCACAUAAUGUACAAGCAGUAAUAGAUUCCCUGGCACUGGAUUAUUUGCAGGUCAGCUUGUCUCACAUCACGGGUGAGAACAUUGUGAAAGGAGACAAGGAAUCUAUCAAAAACCUCCUUGAAAUAUUUGAUGGUUUGUUGGAGUAUCUUAGAGAAGUCAGUGAAACCUCUUCUCAGACUGGAGCUGAGAUAAAUGUGCUGUCUGGUGAUGAAAUUCAAAUUGCAUCUCAAGAGCAGCUGGAAAGCACUGCUGAUCAACUUUCAGAACAUACACUACUCUCAUCAGUUGAAAGGUCCCAGUCAGAAUAUUUUAUUCAAACUUGUGAUACAGAUGGCUCAGGAUCUACCAGUGAAUUAAUUAAACUUGGAGAUACUGCUUAUUCAUUUUCCAAGAGAGGAGAAGAAAAAGACACGGAGGUAGAAGAAUCUGAAAGCACAGAGGCUCUUGCAGCAUUGCCCAGACAGUUCUCAGAAAGUGAAAAGGGGACUGUAAAUGAAAGGGAAGAUGGAGGGAUGGAGUCUGUUCAUGCUGCUGAACCUCACAAAGGGAGUUUGAGUGUCGGUGCUACAAAACUGGGGGAGCCCAUCCAGCAGGCAAUUCCUCUGCUGCCCCCGUUCCAGCCCUCGGAUCCAGGAUGGAGAGAUUACCACAGCUCAGACAGACAGGCAGCAGCUCUGGCUUGCAGUCAAGCAGUGAACAUUCCUACUAUUGAAAAGUCACUUACCCAAAAAUUUAAUGAUGUUUCUGAUGGUCUUCCUCUAUCCAGAAAAACCCCUGCAGGCACGAUGCCAUUAACUCACAGUUACCUGUCAUCUGCUUCUGCAGUGGGAGAAAUGCUGGGAGAUGAUGCCAAAGACAAUGUGACAAAGGUGCCUCUGGUAUCUGAAUCUUCUAUAUCUACCUCUUUUGAGAAAAAGCUCUCACUAAGUGCUGAACAAGUAACACAAACCCCAAGACCUGAAUCUCAGCACUGGUCUAGAACAACAAGCAAAUAUGAAAAUUCCACCACAGAUUCAGCUGAAGAUUCACUUUCCCACAGAACAACAAAGGAGAAGGUGCCUGAGCAGCAAGAGUUUAAUGAAGCAUCAGAAAAUCUGUCUCGCAUGCUAAAUGAACUAGAUUUAAUGUUGAAGAGAGCUUUGGGUGAGCACACAGGAGAAGAGGAGCUGACAGAUGAGGACAGCCUGUCCCACCACAGUGACAGUGUCAUGGACUACGGCCGAAGGACAGCUGGGAGAGACACAUCACAUCCAAGGUACCCAGGCAGGCCACGGUCCCUCUCUCCAGCCUCACCCUCCUCUCAGCACCAGGACCAUAAACUGAGUGGCAGUGCAACAGGCCACAUAAAGACAGUACGCAGGCAGCUGCAGGAAGAAAGGGACGAAAGAACAAGAAAAACAAAGCUGGUCACUAAAGCUUAUGAAAAUGAGCUAAGAAUUUUUGAAGUGAGGGAGAAGCGUAGAAUUUCCAAGCUCAGAGAAGCUGCCAAGGAAAUGGAACAAGAGUACAAAGAAAAUGUCUUUCAAGAACCUCCAAAAGUGUCUCAGCGAGUGAAAGUUUAUUCUAGAAAAACCACACCUCAGUAUCCCAAAUACAGCCAGUGGAUUCCAAAACGAGGGACCACGAAGCCAAAGCAAGCAGCUCCAAUGACAAUAAGAGACAAUGACCUCCUCUUGCAGCUCCUGGAGGAGUUUCCCCACCUGCACAUUUCCCCCAAUACUCUGAAUAAAAUGUGGCAUCAGCAGCUUGCACAAACUAUGCACCUCAAGGCACCCUCUGCCAGACCUAGACCAAAACUCCAGAAUGAAGUUGAACAAGCCUUGAAGAAACAUGAACUGCUUGCUGCAAUUAUUAAGAGAGAUCAAGAUCACAGCAAGAGACUGCAAGAGAUCAAGCAGCGCAUCCACCGGCAGAAGUGGGCUCAGAACAAGGUGACGGAGAAGCGGCAGCAGGCGGCGCGGGCCAGGAAAUACUACGAGGAUUACAGGGUGCAGCUCCGGGCCAGGCUGCUGCGGGCCAGGACACGCGAGGAGAGGAUAUUUAAAAACUUAUUUGAAGAAGGCUUAGAAAUUCAGAAGCAAAGACUGAGGGACCUGAGAGUUUAUGCUCGAGAGAAGCGUGAUGAGCAGCGGAGAGAGCACCAGACUGAGCUGGAGUCUCUGGAGAACUACUACAAAGACCAGUUUUCCAUGCUAGCAGAAGCUAUAUCUCAAGAAUUCCAAGAAAUCCAAACCAGAGAGAAAGCACAAGCACAAAUGCUACAAAAAUCAAAAAGAGAAGUGAGAUCAAAGAUGGAAAAGGAAAUACAGCAACUGCAAGCAGCAAUCAUGCACAAUGAUGAUGACACCUUUUUUCAAGAGCUGGAAGCAGACAGACUGAGAUCCAGACUUCAGAUUGCUUCCUUCCAGUACAGCCAAAGCCACUUCUUCUGAGGCUUGGGUAAAUGGCACUCUUGGGUAAAUGCAGUCCUCCCUGGCUAAGAUGAUCAGGGUCUUUGAGAGCUGCCAUAAUGAGAAGAUUGUGUGAAGCUGUUUUUUUUCUCUGAAAUAUCUGUUUUGUCAUUUUGACCUGUCAGGGGUGUAGCUGCUGGGAACUGGGAUCUCCACAGCACCUUUAUGAUCAGCAAUAAAAUUUGUGAACUACUUUUUACCUUCCUAGCAAGGUUGGGGUAAUGUUGGGCUCUACCCAGAGGAAGCUGGGAUGAAGUCAGAGUGCUUUAGUGAAGUUUUCCUGGUGGAACAGUUGGAUGCUGAGGCUCCUCUGCAUCUGUGCUGGGACUGUUGCUGUUAAGCCAGCCAAUCUAACACCAUUAGCCAGAAAUCAUGGAUUGGAAAGCUCACAAAGCACAAGAAGAUCUUUGAAAGAACAUCAGAGGUUCAGGUUUCCUGUGAAAAGCCAAGUUGGAGAAUGCCUGCAAUAAACCUGACAUAAGUAACUGGGAAUUUAAAUACAUCAAGCAGGGGAAGACUACUUCUUCCACUCCUGCUUCAGUUGUGUUCACAGUGUUGGCAUUGCUGGCUUGAUAAAAUACAAAGGCACAUAAAAUACUCUAUAAAUGCCACAAAUGCACUGGGAAAAGUAAUUUGAAACAGAAAACAAUGCAGAUUCUUCUAAAGUUGUACAUGAUUAACUUCUGCAAGAGGUGAACCCUGGGGAGGAGCUAUGGACAGCAUUCCUAAUCUUCCACAGGGCCAUGCUCACAGGUGCAGCCUGAUUACUCCAUCUCACACUGACAGAAGCAGAAUUAAAGAAUGAUUAAAUAUUUCACCAGUCAGUUUUUACCUUACUUCAGGCUCUAAGGU